AAAUUAUAGUUGUGAUGUAACUUAGUUUAUUUAGCGCAUAUUAACUCGACUAUUUUGUAAUAAUGCCAUUGACUACAGUUAACUCAGUCGCUGGUAACACCAUAGACGGCUAUAGGUAACAUAGGUACAUGUAUAUUAUAUAUACAUAGAGCUGAUUGCUAAUUACUAUGGGAAAAGCCUUAGAAGUGGGUUUAUAUUGGCUAACUAGUCUAAGCCGGAAAAUGAUACUCCUUUCGCUGUCUCUCUUACUCUUGAGUAUUAUGUACUAGUAUUCUCUUUUUAAUUUUAGCUAUUCUCUUUUUAAUUUUACUAAUGGAAACGUGGUUUAAAGCGAGUUCGGCCAUCUUUAAUAUAUCCAUGUAUCAUGUCGAUUCGAAGAAACGUGGUGUGAAACGUCUAUGUAUACAUAUACCAAAAGACGCGUGGACGUGUGGAGACAUGCUAUGUCGCGUGUUGAAUUAUAGUGCGUGAUAUUUGGAGUUAACAAUUUUAUUAUAAUACAAAUGAAAUUUGUUACUUUCUCGUUUAUAAGUUAGUGCAUGGACGAAAAGAGGGCGUGAUAAAAGAGUUAAAUUUUACAUUUCAGUGUUAUGUAUGUCGACGUUAUGGUACAGAUACCAGAUACAUGCCAAAAGAACAUUGUGAUUAAGUAUUAAGAAGCCUUAUUAUUACGCCAAAAAUGCGUUGAUAAUUUGUGAUUAAUUUACUACUGACGUUUCUUUUACUUUCUUGCAAAGUUACAUUUACGAUUGUGUGGAAUUAUAAAUGAAAAAGGAUUGUAUACAUCCAUCUAAAUAUUAAUUCUUAUGUUUAAAACAUAAUGAAUAAAACUAUAUUUGAUACUUGUACAGUACCUGCAAAAAUGAAUGAUGAUAAAUUAAAAGAGGAUUAUGCUAGUCGUAAUAGAGAGCUGGAUCAGAAAUGUUUUAUCGCUUGGAGUCCUCUAGAAGAAAAUAAAUAUUUAUUCAGACAAAAAUAUGUAUCAUGUAGCAAUUCAGUUCCACGUAGAAACAAACGUUUCAUUCGGUACAAGAUAAGUCGAUCAUUGAAUUUUGAUACAAAUAUUCACAGCUCUAGCUCAGAGAGUAGUUCUUUCGAAGAAGACAAGCAUCUAUCUAGAUCUGCUAAAAUAAUGAGAGCUUUAAAUUUCAAUAGCAGUCCCUCAUAUUAUGGGAAAACAAAAAUAAAGAAGUCGCUGAAUUUUAACUUAACUCCUAGCCCAAAAAGAUUUAUGCCUUCAAAAAAGAGUAUACGAAAGGCAUUAAGUUUAAAUUUUAAUUCUCCAUUGUCUGUCUCAAACAAGUUUUUGAAUUUUGAUGACAAUCCAAACCAAUCUGUAAAUAGCAGUUUAGUAUAUUCAUCUUCUGAAUCAAUAGAUGAAAAUCAAAAUGAAACACCAUUGCAACAAAAUACAAAAGAACGAGGAAUAUUACAUUAUUCUACACCUAAUACAAAACUGAACAAAAAAUCUGCAUCAUCUUUACGUAGUCAACUGAAGGAGACCAUUGAUAAUAUUAUUUGCAUUACUGCAACACCUAACUCACAAUCUAUGAAACGUAUUAAAAACAGAUUAGAUGAAGCAAGUACUUCCAGAAAUUUGUUUUAUGAAUUAUAUGAUAAUAGCAAUGAUAGACCAAGUACACCUGUAAAUGUAAUCAGUAUAAUUCCAGAAAGUACUAGUGCUAUUAAAAGGAGUCAUAAAAAGGAAAGAUUUUCAAGACGGAGCGAACGUGGUACGAAAUUUUUAAAUAGUUUUUCAAACGACGUAAACAUAGUUGAAAGUGAUUCUAAAUCUGCAUUAAAUCGAUACUCAAAACACAUAGAUCCAUUAGAAGAGUCUUUAGAUCCAUAUUCCAGUGAAAUUUUUGAUUCGAAGGACACAUCAUUGAAUAAUUCUGGAAAUCAAUCAGAUACAGGUUCAAUUUUUGAUUACGCAGAAGAAGAGAAAACUAGUUUUAAAGAACUUGUGGGUGCGAGUCCUGACAAUGUUCUAUCCGAAGUGCGGAAAUUCGUUGGUGACAAAGUAAAAUUAGAAGGAAAUACAGAAGAUUCUUUGGAAAUAGAACAUAUAAAUGAAAACGAAUUGCCAGAAGAACACACUGAUAUUCCUCAAGAUAAUUUAUCGGAUCAGGAUCCCGGUAAUAAGACUGAUGUUAGGUCGGUAACUCCAGAACCAGUGGCAGAAACGUUAUCAGUUACACCCGAGAAUCGUAUAAAUUUCUUACAAAAUAUUCUUAAAGACUCCAUUAAAAAGUCUCAUAAAAAGAUUAAGGAUGAUAAUAAGAAGAAAUUGUUUACUCCAAAAGUUUUACGAUGUAGGCCCGAAACCGUGGAACAGAAAAAAGAUGCAACUUGUUGGCGAAGUUCCGAACAGAACGAAAAUGUUGACGAGAACAAGGAAGCAUCGACAGAAGACAAAAAUUCUGACUCGUCUAAGGAAGAACGGGCAUGCACCCCCGAGAGGGUGAAUUCGAGUCGACUUUUAUUGUCGCAAUUCAGUUCUGUUAAAAAAUCUCAUAGAAAAGAUAAACAUAAUAAAAUAUUGUCAGGGUUUUUGAAACGUCAGGAAUAUUUUAACAAAGAAAUGGAUCUUUGUCAAAGUAACGCGGAUGAUACAUCCGAUUGCAAAGACAGCGCGGAAAAAGUUUCCUCGAGUUUUGAUGCUACCGAAAAUAUUAAAGAUCUUGAUUCUUCAACGACGCAGAUGGAUGAUACACCUUCGCUUAAAUUAUCCCCAAGUAAAAGAAGAAGAUCGUUAAACAUAUCAUUGGAGCACGAAGCAAACACGUCGUAUGAUUCCGAAUUACAAGAUACCGAUACAUCGAAAGAGGAAUUUAAAAUUUUCACCCCACUUAAAAGAAAGAGACCAUUAAUUACCCCAAAUGUUAAAGGAUAUUUGCAUUUUUACGAUUUACCGUCUGGUCAAGACGAAAUUUCAGAAGAUGUUAUCGCAAAUGUUGCUUCGUCAAGGUGCUUAACACCCAUUCCAAAUUUUCGGGACAAUUAUACAAGGGCGGAAGAAAACGAUAUCAUGGCAAUAAAAUACGAUAACGAUGUUAGCGAUGAGAAUUGCAGCGAAGUAAACAAAAGUAAUUCUAGCGAUAUUAAUGGUAGGUCGACGCCCAGAGAUAUGCCCACUACAGAACUAUAUUUUAACGUAGAUUCCAUCAAAAGAUCACAUAAGAAAAAUAAACGUGGAAAUAGUUCAUGGAAGAGUUUUAAUUCGCACAAAAAUGGGAGUUACACGGAAGCAAAAGAACAACCGUCGGUAAACAGUAUCGAAGACGAAGCAUCCGAAAGUUCGCCCGGUUCGAACGAGUGCAUCGCGGUAUACGAUCCAAAUCAAUCGGUCGAUAGUGAUUACCGCGUCGAAGCAUCGAGUGAUCACGAGCUUAACGAUGAACCUGCGAACGUUACUGCAGAAAAUGUUCCGUCGAACAUCACGCCGCCCAAUUGCUUGAAAAUGAAAAAUUAUAUGAGACUGAUACAGGAGACUUCUAUUAAGCGUUCGCAUAAAAAAGUUCGGGAUAAAAAGAAGACGGAAGGUUUAAUCAACACAAGCGAAUUAUCCGAUGACGGAUCUAUUUUCGGUGACGAAGAAAAGUUAACUUGUAACGAAGAUCAGUCGAUUUAACAUUGAUAAUAAUAGUAGUUGUCAUAUAAAAAAUAUUUUUGAGAAACUUUUAAUACAGCAGCGUAUUCGAAAAUCACGGAUUUCCACAGUAAUUGACUGGUCUACGUUCGCGAAACAUUCCAUCGUUUCAACCGCACAAAGUAUUCAAACACUUUCGUUAUGUAACAUGUUCUUUUACAUUACGUACAGUUGGUUUUGUAAUUCUUAAAUUUGCGUGAGAAAUACGAUUUAUCCGUACAAUGUUGUAACAGCUAUGUCGCGCAACAUAUAAUAUAUAGAACUGAAUGCUGUUACGUAUGUAUAUUAAAGGCGAUAAUAUUAGUUUUUUAUUCAGUAAAGGAAAGAACUUGCAAAAGGAUAUUAAAAGAUUUACGAAUAAAUGUGUUCGAUGCAUAUUCCUCGAUGAAAUCUAUAUUUGAAGUGUACUAACAAACACGUGUUAAGUUUAUAACCGUGCAGCAAAUAUUGCUUGCUUGCAUAAAAUAAUAGAACAAAAAAAGAAAAUAGAAUCGUUUUUCUAUAAUAUUUUUGUUAAUCUUAGUUUCAUUAAAUAGUAUUUUAGCGCGAGUUUAUAUCGAUGCAAAUAAGAGCAGGGCGUUAUUUUGUAUAUCAUACGAAUCGAAAGAUUUCGUUAAGAAUUUAACAUAGAUUAAGUUAAGUAUAAUGGCUUUGAUAACAAUGUGUAUCGGAAUUAACCUUGAUAGUAUUUUUCUUCAUUUAAUAUUUCCUCCGAUUUCCUUUUUCUUGGCGUUUCAGUUAUUUUAAGUACAUUAUCGCUAAAUAUAAGAUUAUUAAUGUAGAAGUAAUGAAAUAUGGCAAUGCUUUGGAGCAGAUAGCACUUAGAAGAGAUUGAACAUAGAGAGAACAAUAAUUACGUAAGUUUCAAGGAUAUCGCUAUUUGAGUCUUAAAAAGUGUAGGAGGAUAUUUCUCAAUGGUUUAAAUGGUUCAACGGAAGAUUGUUCUCUCUACGAUAAAAAAGAAGAAAAAGAUCUUUGUGGCAAUACGCGUGUGCAUUAUGACAAUAUCGUAUGUAAUAUGCAACUGAUGAACGGUACAGAAAUUUACUAAUAGGCGAAACUCUGUAUAGUUUAGACGCAUCCACUUUUCGUAUUAAACGCAAUCCUUCGAUGCUAUGUACUUCCAGUGUCUUCCUUUUACGUAUCUAACGUUGACCGACUUGUUAGAAUGAUCGCUAAACGCGUUAACUCUCCAAUGAAUUGAUUGCACAUGCGACUUGUGUACGAUAAAAGGUACAUAAAUGACGGCGUUUAACUUAUUCGUACGAGGAAGUGUACGCGCAUCGAAUAUGUGGUCAGUUUUGAUUAACGCUAUGUCGUAUAAAAUUCACGCGAUCGAAUAAAACUAUUAUUUUAUCAACGAUCGCGUUGUCAACUAUCGUAAAUAAUUCGAUCAAAAUAAAUACGUAUAUUAUCAGAUAUAGAAUUAACUUUCCAAUGUGAAAAUCUGCAUGCAAGUCAAUUUCGUGCGUACAAAUCACAAACAGCCGACGAACAAAUUGUUAAUUUAUUUCUAUGUUCGAAUAUUCUUUCGAGAGCAUUCGAGAUUUCUAUAGUUUUUACAGUUACGUUUAAUUUCUUUUAUAAUUGUAAGCUUUAAUGAUAGAGAAAUAUUUCUAGUGCAAAGAUGAAAAUCUCGCGAGUUGCGAUUUUAACGUUAUUCGUUUGGAAUCGACUGUUUUUGAUACAUGCUUUACUGUAGACGAAUGAAUUAAAAUAAUUUUACAUUU